CGCGAAUCCCUCGGCGAGGGUUGGUCGGCACCGUCGCGGGAAAGUAGAGGCCGUACGUCAUGCAGGAUCCAAAUGAAGAUACAGAAUGGAAUGAAAUUUUAAGAGAUUUUGGCAUUCUUCCUCCAAAAGAAGAGCCAAAAGAUGAAAUUGAAGAGAUGGUUUUACGUUUACAGAAAGAAGCAAUGGUUAAACCAUAUGAAAAGAUGACUCUUGCACAGUUGAAGGAAGCUGAAGAUGAAUUUGAUGAUGAAGAUAUGAGAGCUAUUGAAACAUAUAGAGAAAAACGGUUACAGGAAUGGAAAGCUCUUAAGAAAAAACAAAAAUUUGGGGAGUUAAGAGAAAUUUCUGGAAAUCAGUAUGUGAAUGAAGUCACAAAUGCAGACAAGGAUGUAUGGGUUAUAAUUCAUCUUUACAGAUCAAGCAUACCAAUGUGUUUGCUGGUUAAUCAGCACCUUAGUCUUCUAGCAAGAAAGUUUCCAGAAACUAAGUUUGUUAAAGCCAUCGUGAAUAGCUGUAUUCAACACUACCAUGACACUUGUUUACCAACAAUUUUUAUUUACAAAAAUGGCCAGAUAGAAGGCAAAUUCAUUGGAAUUAUAGAAUGUGGAGGUAUAAAUCUCAAGCUAGAAGAACUUGAAUGGAAGCUAGCAGAAGUUGGAGCAAUACAAACUGAUUUGGAAGAAAACCCUAAAAAAGGCAUUGUAGAUGUGAUGGUGUCUUCAAUUAGAAACACUUCUAUUUAUGAUGACACUAACAGUUCAAACAGUGAUAAUGAUGAUGCCAAGUAG